AACGUUUAAGUUUGGCUUCUUUGUAAAAUACAAAACAUAUUUUCGUAACGGUUACAUUCCUAUACUUUUUUGAAUUAUCCAUUUAGUCUAAAAAAGUAACAAAAAAGAUAAAAAGAGAGAAUCGGUUAAACUCUGUUUUAGGCAAUCUUAAUCCUCAUCAUUAAACCUCAACCCUCCCCCAUUUAAAUACCUAACCACACUUCCUUUUAUAAUUCUUAUUCCAUAAAAAGUAGACAAACUUCUCCAAGAAGAAUUGAAGAAAGACUGUUUAACAUACGUGACCACAUCUCAGUUACGCGUAUUCAAAAAACUCUCCAAGCGAACAUCAUUUUCUCUGGCUUCUAAAACCAUGCCAGAGAUCGAGAUCGUCUUAGGGAGCGGCGACAACAAAGCCGCGGCUGCCUUAUUCGGGAAAUACGAGCUCGGAAAGCUUCUAGGAUGCGGCGCCUUCGCCAAAGUCUUCCACGCACGAGACCGCCGAACAGGACAAAGCGUGGCCGUGAAAAUCCUCAACAAGAAAAAGCUCUUAACGAAUCCAGCGUUAGCCAACAACAUCAAACGAGAGAUCUCGAUCAUGAGGAGACUAUCCCAUCCAAACAUCGUUAGGCUCCACGAAGUAAUGGCGACGAAGGGGAAGGUCUUCUUCGUGAUGGAGUUUGUUAAAGGAGGCGAGCUCUUCAACAAAAUCUCCAAACACGGACGUCUCAGCGAAGAUCUAACCCGUAGGUAUUUCCAACAGCUGAUCUCCGCCGUUGGUUACUGCCACGCUCGCGGUGUUUACCACCGCGAUCUCAAACCGGAGAAUCUCUUGAUCGACGAAAACGGAAACUUAAAAGUUUCCGAUUUCGGUCUCAGUGCUUUAACAGAUCAGAUCAGACCCGACGGGUUGUUACACACGUUGUGCGGUACUCCGGCGUACGUUGCGCCGGAGAUUUUAUCUAAGAAAGGUUACGAAGGUGCUAAAGUCGAUGUAUGGUCAUGUGGCAUCAUCUUGUUCGUUCUCGCCGCCGGUUUUUUACCGUUCAACGAUCCAAAUCUGAUGAAUAUGUAUAAGAAGAUUUACAAAGGUGAGUAUCGUUGUCCUCGAUGGAUGUCGCCGGAUCUGAAACGAUUCGUUUCUCGUCUUCUCGAGAUCAAUCCGGAGAAGAGGAUCACCAUCGAUGAGAUUCUGGUUGAUCCUUGGUUUGUUAAAGGAGGAUUGGAACAGAUCAAGUUCCACGACGAGAUCGAGAAAGAUCGGAAGAUUGAAUUGGAAGGUGUGAAGAGUUUAAACGCUUUUGAUUUGAUUUCGUACUCGUCGGGGUUAGAUCUGUCGGGGCUGUUCGAUGGUUGUAGCAGCAGCGGGGGAGGUUCGAUUGGGGAAUCGGAGAGGUUUUUAUCGGAGAAGACGCCUGAGAUGUUGGCGGAGGAGGUUGAGGUGUUUGCGAAGGAGGAGAAUCUGAGGAUGAAGAAGAAAGGGGAUGAAGAGUGUGGGUUUGAGAUGGAAGGGCAGAAUGGGAAAUUUGUGAUUGGGAUUUGUGUUUCGCGGUUGAAUGAUUUGCUUGUGGUUGUGGAGGCACGGCGGAGAGGUGGUGAUGCUGAUUGUUACAAGGAGAUGUGGAAUGAUAAACUCAAGGUUCGACUUAUUCGCGUUUGUGAUCAGACGUCUCCAAACGCAGCUAUUUAAAAAAAAAAAAAAAAAAAACGCCGUUCUUUUGAGAUUUUAAAAAGCCUAAUCGCAGUUGUUGGAUUUGGCUGGGUUGAUUUGCGUUCUUGUUACGUUUUUAGAAUUUAUCUCAUUACCGUUGAAAAAAAAUAUAUAUAUUGACGUAUGUAUUUAAAAUUCUGUACGAAGUUGUAGGGUAUCUAUUUUGUGCUUUUCUGAGAAAAUGCAUGUAUUUAUUCACUAUGUACCAGUACAACAAAGUAUAGAACUGCAUUUGUGGAAAAA